AUGGCAAUUCCAGCCUCUCUCGUCAGGAAAUUCCGGCCCCUGGCUCGCUGCGUCUUCCUCUCCGCUUUCUUCCUAGUUUCCAUUACCCUCGUAUACCAGCUCGAUGCGAUUCCUGGCCGGGACAUCUUCGCUACCUCAAGAUCCUAUAUCAUCGAUCGACUACCUUCACGUACAACCACGGAGCUAGAAAUCCCCUCCGAGUCCUACGCUGUCGAGCUCAGUUAUCUCAAGUCUUUGGACCUGACCAGCACAAUCAAGCAUUCUCGUCGCUGCGUCAAGCCCCUGUUCUCUGUGGGUGUAGAUCGAGAUGCUGUUGCGAACAUCAGCUCUCGCCUCCUCACCAGGAAAGGGACGUUGAAUCUGAUUGACGCAUCCACAAUCAAUGCCGACGCCAUACCCUGUGAUCCACUCGAGCUUCCCGUCCCGCCGGCGUAUCCUAAGAGUGAAGGACAAUUCGCCCAUCUCACCUUCGGUGUAGCUACUACAUAUGCUCGCCUUCAGGACUCCAAACCUUUCUUCGCGCACUGGCUGUCCGAAUCCGGGUCCAACCUAAUCGUCCUCCUGACUGAUGGCCUUGAAGAGUUUGAAAACAUGGAUAUCGCCGCUCUCGAGGCAGAGUACAGGACCGAGGGCAUGAAUCUCACCCUCGUCCCAAAGCAUCGCUCUGAGCAUUCCACCGAGCAAUCCCAUGUCAUGAUUAUUCGGGACAUGCUUGAACAUGCCCGAGAGACAGGCACAGAAACACAAUGGCUUGGAAUCCUCGACGACGACACCUUCCUGCCCUCGCUGCAUGCUCUCGCAAGCGCCUUUGCCCAGUACGACCAUACAAAGCCUCAGUACCUGGGACAGACUACAGAAAACGCACACAUCCUCCCUAUCGGGAUUCUAGGAGGCUUCGGUGGCGCUGGAAUUUUCCUGUCGUGGCCGCUGGCUCAGCAACUUGAGCCACAUCUCGAAAGCUGCCUCGAGAAGUUCCCCAAUCGAGGUGGCGACAUGCAGAUCAUGAGCUGCGUUUAUGCGCACAGCUUCGCCAAGCUCAAAAUGGUGGAUGGCUUGUAUCAGAUGGACAUCAUGGGGGACACGGCAGGCUUCUACGAGUCUAGCAGGCGGGUUCUGUCUCUACACCACUGGAAGAGUUGGCACUGGUCUCCAGUCGACAAGAUGGCUGCCAUCACAAAGAUCUGUGGUGGCUGUUUCCUGCAGAGGUUCGCCUUCCCGGGGGACGGCAAUCAUGCUCUCACCGUAUUAAACAACGGCUACUCAAUAAACAUGUAUAGUGCUGACCUGGAGGAACUGCCGGAUCUGAGUAUGACGGAGCAGACUUGGGACGGAGGAGAGGAUGGGGCAUAUCAAUGGAGCUUGGGCCCUCUGAGGCCAAAGGUCGACAGGGAAAAGAAGAAGUCGUAUUGGCUGCAGACGGCUGUUGCUGGCGAGAAUGGUGCUCUGACCCAGGUCUAUAUUCAUCGGGGCAAAAGGGAUGAAGGAGAGAUUGACGAGGUGAUUGAGUUGGUUUGGCAGCCUUAUUGA